AUGGGCUCCGAAUGGAUGAGUGAAUUGCCCGAAUCGUUGACAUUAAUUCCGAUCAUCGAUUUGGCGAUUCCUGGCUCUCACGAUUCGGGUGCAACAAGUGUUCUCUCGAUCAAGUACCCGGUGGCAAAUGAUGAGGCCACGAAUCGUUUUCUCAUUUGUUUCGGGAAAUUGACCGUCUCUCGUCGAGUCAUCCUCCGAUGGGCGAUCACACAGCACGUGUCUGCUGGCACACAAUGCCAGAUGGGGGUACGGUAUUUUGAUCUCAGAGUCUCGAAUCCGCCGAACUCUCUCCCGUACGGUUUCCAUCUCGUUCACGCGCUUUAUGGACCAGAGUUAUCAACUUUUUUGAAAGAGAUAAAAGAUUUCCUUGACAUUCACCCAAAAGAAAUCGUGAUUUUGGAUAUGAAUCAUUUGUUUCAAGUUGAUUGGGAAGUGCAUAAAGAGCUCGAGAAAUUGAUUGUUGAGAUUUUUGGGAGGAAACGCUUUUGCAAACACAAGUUUUCCGUUCAAUCAAUAACACAAUGUUCUACG